AUGUUUCUCCAUCGCAAUAUCCAACUGACAAUCCUAGCUUUGGCCGGUGUGACACAUUGCAUUUCACUCAAAGGCCAAACAGUCGAAUUAAAUGGAAUUUCAUUUUACCUCCCACCAAACGCUCUUGGUACAUUCGGCUCCGAUAACAGUCCAGCUGUCGCGAAUUUGACGGAACCCUUGUAUCCCAUCACUUUCAUAGACAUUGCGAGCGAUAAUUGUUCUCUGGAUGCAAUUGUUGCAGAUUAUCAAUCAUCAGAUGAUGUUUUCAAUAUCGGGUUUUUGAAAGUCAUUCUUCACAAUGGGCAAUCAAAUGAUGUUAUUCAGGACUUGCAGACGACAAGGUCUAAAUAUGGAGUCGAUGCCAUAUUUCCAUACUCGGUCGAUGCCUCGACGCCGCCUCUUUCCCCUGGGCCAUAUUUCUGGUCUCCAUCAUCAGGAAUAAUUAAUGCCGCGUAUAGGCUCUAUUCAGAUGAACAAGGUGCCUUUACGCAAGGUCUGAUACCCUCGUGUGAGGGUUCUUACAAUGUGAUCCCCGCCGCUGUACCAGGGGCCGGGUCGAUGACCAUUGGGGUACCGUCAAGACUAUAUUCCAUGAAGGACCCGGCGAAGCCACUAGCAGGUGUACGUGUUGGAGUAAAAGACAUCUUCGAUGUUGCUGGCAUCAAGUCCAGUGGUGGGAACAGGGCUUACUAUACACUCUCUCCUCCGGCGGAUGCGACAGCCCCCGCCAUCCAGAAGCUAAUCGAUGCUGGUGCUGUUUUGGUUGGAAAAAUGAAAACCAGUCAAUUCGCGAAUGGAGAGUGGGCUACAGCUGAUUGGGUUGAUUAUCAUGCUCCAUUCAACCCACGAGGAGAUGGUUAUCAAGAUCCGGGUAGCUCAAGCAGUGGCUCGGCAGCUGGAGUGGCAUCAUACGACUGGCUCGACAUGACCGUAGGGACAGACACUGGAGGCUCCAUACGUGUCCCUGCUGGGGUGAAUGGUGUUUAUGGAAGCCGGCCAUCUCAUGAUCCAGCUUUGCUGAAAGGGAUUAUACCUCUCUCACCCGAGAUGGAUACAGUUGGAAUACUGACCCGAAACGCAAGGCUAUGGAAAGAAGCCUCGAAAGUACUAUACGGCGGCCUCGCAGAUAACGCUUCUCUGCCAGGGAAGCUAUAUCUUGUUGGCUUUCCUACUGACCGAUCGACCCAAAGCGAUAAGAUUAUUUUGGACUUCGCUGCAUCUCUUGCAGAUAUUCUCCACAUAACUGCCGAAGUCUUCGACAUAGAAAGGAUGUGGAAUUCCACUGCCCCGAAAGAGGCAAACGGAGCCAGACUUGAUGAUUUCGUUGGUGAGAUUUUCCCACUAUUGACUGCAAAAGAGCAGUUUCAGCUAGUGGGAAACGAAUUAUACACUCAAUAUAAAGAAGAGAACGAAGGCCGACUACCUUUCAUCGACCCAAGUCCAUCUAUCCGGUGGAAUUGGGGAACAGAACAAGCAGACACAUCUAUAGAUGAGGCUCGUCACAAUAUGAGUAUAUUUGCUAGUUGGUGGCACUCUCAUGGACAAGCAGACGGUGUGGACUCAUGCUCUCAUUCUCUUUUUGUCUAUCCUCAAUCGACUGGAGAGACCAUGUAUCGGGAUGGUCCAUACCCAAUUGAUUCUCCAGGAAUCCCGUCGGGCUUUGGAAUCGAUCGCGUUCCUUCAUUCAUCGGUUCGCCUGACUUUGCGCUGCCAAUUGGAGAAAGUGAAUAUCACUCAAGAAUCACAAACAGGACUGAAGUCCUGCCUGUUGCUGUUGAUAUUAUGGGAGGUAAAGGGUGUGAGGGGAUGCUGUUUGAUGUGAUAGACAAACUGGUCGCGGCUGGCAAGUUAAAGGGGGAACUUCAUACUGGAAAGUCAUUGUAUGGUUUCAAUCAGACUGAAUAG